GCCCGAUCGCGCCGGCCGCGGGCCCAGAGUGCCGCCCUGAGGCCGCAGGCGGCCACGACACCCUCCAUCCACCGGCCCGGCGCGCGCUUUCGGGGGACUCGGCUCCCCCACCCGCUCUGAGACUUAGAGACCGGGCCCCCUGGCUUUCGCGGGCCUCCGCCAAACCGUCUCCAGCCUCGGCAGCGCCACAGCAACAUCCUUAGAGUCUCAGCAAGCUGCGCCCAGCGCGGGCACAGAGCCUGCCACCGCCAGCCACAGCCAGUGCAGUGCCAGCGCCUCGCCGCCCCCAGCCCACCGACCACCAUGGCCAAGAACCGCAGGGACAGGAACAGUUGGGGUGGGUUUUCAGAAAAAUCAGGUGAAUGGAGCUCAGAAGAGGAGGAGCCAGUGAAAAAGGCAGGUCCUGUCCAAGUCCUUAUUGUCAAAGACGACCAUUCCUUUGAAUUAGAUGAGACAGCGCUGAAUCGCAUCCUUCUCUCUGAGGCUGUGAGGGACAAGGAGGUGGUGGCAGUGUCUGUCGCUGGAGCCUUCAGGAAAGGAAAGUCAUUCCUGAUGGACUUCAUGUUGCGGUACAUGUACAACCAGGAAUCAGUUGAUUGGGUUGGAGAUUACAAUGAACCACUGACUGGAUUUUCAUGGAGAGGUGGAUCUGAACGAGAGACUACAGGAAUCCAGAUAUGGAGUGAAGUUUUCCUUAUCAAUAAGCAUGAUGGUAAAAAGGUUGCAGUGUUAUUGAUGGAUACUCAGGGAACCUUUGAUAGUCAAUUAACUUUGAGAGAUUCGGCCACAGUAUUUGCCCUUAGCACAAUGAUAAGCUCAAUACAGGUAUAUAACUUAUCCCAAAAUGUCCAGGAGGAUGAUCUUCAGCACCUCCAGCUUUUCACUGAAUAUGGCAGACUGGCCAUGGAGGAAACAUUCCUGAAGCCCUUUCAGAGUUUGAUAUUUCUUGUUCGAGACUGGAGUUUCCCAUAUGAAUUUUCAUAUGGGGCUGAUGGUGGUGCCAAAUUCUUAGAAAAACGCCUCAAGGUCUCAGGGAACCAGCAUGAAGAACUGCAGAAUGUUCGGAAGCACAUCCAUUCCUGUUUCACCAACAUUUCCUGUUUUCUGCUACCUCAUCCUGGCCUAAAAGUAGCUACCAACCCAAACUUCGAUGGAAAAUUAAAAGAAAUAGACGACGAAUUCAUCAAAAACUUGAAAAUACUGAUUCCUUGGUUGCUUAGUCCUGAGAACCUUGACAUCAAAGAAAUUAAUGGGAAUAAAAUCACCUGCCGCGGCCUGGUGGAGUACUUCAAGGCUUACAUAAAGAUCUAUCAAGGUGAAGAAUUACCACAUCCCAAAUCCAUGUUGCAGGCCACAGCAGAAGCUAACAAUUUAGCAGCCGUUGCAACUGCCAAGGACACAUAUAACAGAAAGAUGGAAGAGAUUUGUGGAGGCGACAAACCAUUUCUGGCUCCCAAUGACCUGCAGACCAAGCACCUGCAGCUUAAAGAAGAGUCUGUGAAGCUGUUCCGAGGGGUGAAGAAGAUGGGCGGGGAAGAGUUCAGCCGGCGUUACCUGCAGCAGUUGGAGAGUGAAAUAGAUGAACUCUACAUCCAGUAUAUUAAGCACAAUGAUAGCAAAAACAUCUUCCACGCAGCUCGAACCCCGGCCACACUGUUUGUUGUCAUCUUUAUCACGUAUGUGAUUGCUGGGGUGACUGGGUUCAUUGGCUUGGACAUCAUAGCCAGCUUGUGCAAUAUGAUCAUGGGACUGACCCUCAUCACCUUGUGCACCUGGGCCUACAUCCGGUACUCCGGGGAAUACCGAGAACUCGGCGCUGUCAUAGACCAGGUGGCUGCAGCUUUGUGGGACCAGGGAAGCACGAAUGAGGCUUUAUACAAGCUUUACAGUGCAGCAGCAACCCACAGACAUCUGUAUCAUCAAGCUUUUCCUGCACCAAAGUCAGAAGCUACUGAACAAUCAGAAAAGAAGAAAAUUUAAGCCAAAUUUUAAAAAUACAAGUGCAUGACCAGCUGUCAGUUAAAUACUGUUUUUUGUUUCCAUGCAAACAUUCAAAGUGCUUCCAUGAGAACAGAAUAAAAUACCAUACACUCCAAGACUGCAUAAAGGUUUAGUUCCUUUACUCCAGUGUUUAAUAAGCAGAUGUGUGUAUGCAUGGUUAUACUAUUUUGUUAACAUGUACAGUUUCCUGAUUUCUGUCUUUAAAUAUGCUGUUAUCAUUUAAGGUAUUUGUGUAUUUAUGAUGAGAGUACAUGUGUUCUGCUUGAAUUUAUUAAAUUCUCCUACUGGGUUAUAAUUAAACCAUGCAGUGGUAUUACUCUGGAAA